GAAAGCAGCACAAGAGGAGAAGGACGAACAGGCAGCACCUUCUGAAGGAGCCAUCCAGACAAUCUCUUGAGCUUCACCAUACAAACUAGCAGACCUCUGCCCGAGGCUACACAUCAGAUCCAGACGCAAGACAAGCAGUCCUACUACCUGAACAUUACAAAAUAUACGACAGCAAGUCCAUCACCAUGAAGGUUGCUGUGCUCUGCUUGUGUCUUUUCACCAUCGCUUUUGCCCUACCAAUCAGUAAAUCAAGACAUCAUGAUGAUUCAAUGAGCUCUGAAGGAAAACAUGAUUCCAGGAGUCAUAAGCACCACGCUCACACACAUCAACACGACCAUUCGCAUAGCCACGAGCACAGCCAUGAGAAUGUGAACAGCCACGAGUCUCAAGAACAACAGGUGUCCUCUCAGCCGAACUCUCUGUCUUCAGAAGAAAGUGAUGAGAUCACUGAGCAACAGACCCUUUUGGUACCUUCCAGCAGAAGCAAGGAAGAUGACGACGAUCAUGACGAUGUAGAUGACGACGAUGACAAUACCGAUUCCCACGAAUCAGACGAGUCGCAUGAAGACACCGUCACAGUUUCCCCCACCGAUGUUCCUGUUUCCCUCCCUGAGUUCGUUACAGGCAGAGGAGACACACCUUACGGAUUCAGAGCAAAAGUGGACCUGGUGCAGUUUGAGAAGGCCCAAAAGGCACACAAAAAGUCUGGAAAGUUUGAUUCUCAUGAUGUUUCGGAUGAAGUCGACAGCACACCAGAUGUGGAGAGCCAUGAAUCCUAUUCCUCCAAGGCACAUUCUUUUGAAAGUCAUGACACAAGUGUAGAAACAGACGACGCAAGUAACCUGAGAGAUAGCAAUGAUGUCCACAGCGCAUCCCAUGAGAGAAGCCUGGAGAAUGACAGCCAACAGAAACCUGAGAGUGUGGAGGAAGACCAUGAUGACAGUGACCAUGACAACAGCAAGUUUGUUGCUUCCCUGGAAAGCCAGGAGAGUAGAGAGCGACAGAAGGUCCACAGUGAGGAGCUCCAACAGGUAGACCAUGACCAUGUCGAUGAUGUCAGCAACCAAACUUUGGAAAGUGUUGAGGAUCACCACAGCAUUGAGGACAAUGAGGUCACCCUCUAAAUGGAGGGGGGAAGCAGGGACUGCACUUACUUACAGCAUUCCCUGAAUCUUUCGCAUGAACAGGUGCAGCUAGAAUUGGAGCCCAAAUCCACCAUGAAUGGGUUUUUUUUAUUCUUGUUUUGUAGAGUUUGAAGAGAGAGAGAGAGAGAGAGAAAGGCAAUACAUUUUUACUUGAAUAUUUGCUCCCAAUUAUAUACACAUCAUGAGUUUGAUUUCAAGCUGUAGCUAUUCUAGGCAGUGGUUUUGUUAACCAGGCAGAUGUGCAGCCUGAGCUUGUGUGUGUCUACUUGGGAGUAAGUCCCUCUGAUUUCAGUGGAGCUUACUCCUAAGUAAACAUGUUUAGGAUUUUAAUCUUAAUUGUACAGUACUAGCAAUUCUGACCAUUAGAGAAUCAUAAGCCCUCCUUGCUGCAUAUUUUCCUGCUCUGUUGUGAAGAAAAUAAGAGAGAAAGAGAUGCUAGGAGGGAAAAAUCUAGUUUUCACUCAGAGUGAAUGUUGUACGUCUUAUGAUACUGUAUUUCUAAAGGGUUUAAUGUUGCAAUGUAUAUUUUGUUGAAUUUACAAAUUAAAUAAAAAGACAAAACCUAAUA